ACAAAUCUACGUAGAAAGUUUUAUUAUUUUUUUAACUGCUCUUUACAAUCGAAAAUCGGCAGGUCUUCGUUUUGAAGAGUUAAUAUAAUGAUCAGUAUCACACAAGAUGCUCUGAAAUUAGUCUCUGAGAAAUUGUCUCCGACUUCUCGACUCAAUAUGGCUGCCGUUAAUCAGAGAUGUUUUUAUGCAGCAACAAAGUGGCAUGAUGUCAAGACCAUUGUGUUCGACAACGAGAAUGUGACUAUGGUCGGUGCGAAUUUUGUGCACACUUUUGAAAAUUCUUCGUUUGUUAGAGCCAAUGGGAACAAGAUGGUCUCUAAUGCUGAAGCAAAGGAAAUCGUGCUCAAACUGUGUCCAGCUGUGAAGAAAUUGAUCACCAUUGCUAGUUGCACCUCCUCCUCUCAAUGGCCAGAACGACAUCGACGAUGGUCCAGCUGAAAAUGAAGAUGAGCCCAGAUCUUUUUGCUGUCUUCAAUAAAUCACUUAGUUUCUACUGAUUACAAAUAAAGUUAUAAUUUUUAAA